AGAAGUCCCUAGGCGGCUACUUGCGAAUUGCGAUUCUCGAUUGCUUGCUUUUCAAGGUGAAGUGCAGAGGAGAAACCGAGAGAGAGAGAGAGGCGAAGGGAGAAGCAGGGAAAGAUGAUUGAAGUGGUGCUCAACGAUCGUCUGGGAAAGAAAGUUAGAGUGAAGUGCAACGAUGAUGAUACCAUCGGAGACUUGAAGAAGCUCGUUGCCGCUCAGACGGGGACGAGAGCCGAGAAGAUUAGGAUUCAGAAGUGGUACAACAUCUAUAAGGAUCACAUCACCCUGAAAGAUUAUGAGAUUCAUGACGGCAUGGGCCUCGAACUCUACUACAAUUAAAAUUUUCUGUCCAAUCAAGGUGCUUGAUGGAGAUUGCCUCUUGGUCCAGAGGAGCGAAAAGGAAAAUACAUGUUCAGCACUGAAAAGCAGUGGUUUAUUUUCAUGGGGUCUAUGAUAUGUAAUAUAAUGCAGACAUUGUUACGGUUGUUUGCCUUCUGACUUCCUAGUAAGGAAACUUGAAAUGAAUUUAGAAUUGUUUCCUACCCUAUUUGGAGUUCUCUUCUUGCUUAUUUCGGUUUGCAGUGGGGCCUUCUCCAUCUGAUGGUUGUCUAAAACUUCAAUUAUAUAUAUGAUGGAUACAUAUUAUAGUUUAA